GGGAGUAGCUGAUCAGAAAGAGAGAGAACAAGUCCCAUUCCAACGCAUAACCUUAAGACCAGGAGGUUUGGGUUGGGUUGGCACAUUGGUUUUGUUUCUUUUUUACUCUCCUUUUUUGUGAUAUCUAGAAGACGGAGACGUUGGCCCGAAUGGUGGACUAAAACCCAUCAAAGAUUUUUAACCCAAGUGUUGAGGCUCGUUGAUUUGAGCCUACCCAAUCUCCAAACAGACACCCACCCUUCUCUCUCUUUCUAUUUAUAUAGAACCUUUGCUGCAGGCUGCAGGCUGCAGCUACAGACCAACGCCUAUCGACAGGUUGCUCUUUAAUUUGUUUCCAACAACAUGUUUAUGAUGAAUAAUCUGCAAGUAGAUAAGAGGAUUGGAGUUGGAGGCGACCCUCCCUCCCAGCUCUCACAAACUACUCAUUCAGGGACUGAUUGGAAUUGGAGGCUAGUUGUUGAUGCUUCUUCUUUCUUCCUUGUGGAGGCCACCGGGGAUUCCGAGGCUGAUUGUGAUCCCAUCGGCACAACCGCCGGCAACGAAUUUUCGACCGUCGACGACGACGAUGCCGAGUCAUGUACGUCAGAUUCAUGCAGCAGUGAGUUCAUCAAUGGUAAUACAGUCCACGAGAGCUUCAAUGGUUUUGGCGAUGAUGAUGAUAAUGCCGAUGGUUCUGAUGAGGAUGAUGGGCUGUCGGAUAUUUCAUCAGGAGGAGCCAAGUCCAGGGAUGAAGGCCAGGACGGAGAGCUAAUGAAUGAGAUGGAGAAGAGCAAACUCUUCUGGGAAACUUGUUUGGCUUCCUGAUGAUAAUUAAUUAAGAUAAGACAUGCAUAAGAGCUAGCUGUUGUAUGCAUGUCUUCAUGGGAGCAUGACUGAUGAGGCUUGCUUCUAAUCUUCCGAUUGGCAAAUCCUUUAAUUCUCAUUCUCUUCUGUUAAAUCUUUCAAUUGUAUAUAUGAAUGCAAAUGAUUAUGCUUUUUGAGAUCAAUACUGUAACUUGGGAAAGAACAACAAAAAUUUCAGCUCUUCUCCAUUUGUUUGUCUAAGAUUAUUUCUCCUUAAUUUUUUAAUUUACUCCAUUUUUUUUUUCAGUUUUCUCCAUCUCCGACAGUGGCGCAAUGGCCUUGCUGUUCAUGGGGUGGGACCGAAUAAUGGUGGAGGUAAAGUUUGAGUCUUUUUGGGUUUGGUUUUGCCCGAAUUUAUACCUGCACCUUCCAUGGUCCAAGCCAGCUUCCUUUAGAUUGAAGAAUAUUUUGGUCGUCAAAGAGCUGUGGAUCUGGUAGUUUAAAGCUUCAAGUGAAGAAAAAAAUAAAGCUGGAUUCCUUGCAUAUAUUUAAAUGAAAAGGAGGAAAAUUAACAAACAAAAAAAGGAAAAAAAAAAAAAACAGAGAUUCUUGCACUUGCAUCUCUCUUUGUGGAUCUGGUAGCAGUUUAAACAACAAGAAUAAAGAAAUCAAAAGAACCCUAGCUACCAUCUUUGUAGAUGACAGAAAAAAAAUAAUUAAAGAAGAAAAGGUUCCUUGCAUCCCUGUUUGGAUUAUAUUAGAGAAGCACAUCUUAUGGGCACCUAACUUUUUAAUUUUUAUUUUAUUUCAGUCAUUCAUUGCUAAUUGGCUAAUUCCAUGGCUUUAAGUAACAUAAAGAAGCUCGCAGGUCGCAGCUGACUGGGUUGUUAUCACAUCUUUUUGCUUUUAGCUAGACGCAUGGAUGCAUGGGGAAGGCUGGUUGUGGUAGCUAGAGAGAGAUAUAUAUCUCAAUUCUGGUCUGUUCCCAGAUCAUUAAUUCAUCCCCAUGAAAGUCGGUCGGCUGUAUGCUGUAAGGUGUUCUUCUUUUUAUUCUCUGUAACAGACAGAAACAUCUACACUAAAAAGUCUAAAAGAUUGUGAUGUUAUCUGUUAGCCACAUGAAAGUAAAGGAGAAAACACAUGGACCCAUUUGCAUUGGCUUUGUCUGAUCAACUUUGGUUUUUAUUUUUUUUGUGCCAAUUCUAGCAAAGAUCCUUCUCAAAUUUGUCGUUUCAUUCUUCUAAAAUUGUGUGAUUGAAAUAAUUGAUGUCAGAUCUCUCACAAACUGUAUCAUGAUGCCACCAUGUAGAUGAUGAUAAAUGUUUUGGAGAAUGGAGCAGAAGGCAAACAAGAAAGGAGACUCUGGUCUGGUGCUCAUCAUGGGAGGUGGUUCAACUGACAGGUGGGUUCAGUUUUGGUAGCCCCAUAUAUUAACCAAUGGCCAUGUUGGGGAAGACAUUUUAUUAGUAGCUUCAAUAUAAGCUAGGAUGAUCUUAGAGAGGUAUAUAUAAUUUGGUUUCAUCAGUGAGGGAUAUAAGAGAGAGCUGGGAAUCAAUGAAGGAUGUGUAAUGUUAAUAAAUAUAGCUGAAAGCCUGAAAAACCUCUCUCUCUCAUGCUUUUCAAAACCGGACCAGAUCAGAUGGUCAGACCGGAAAAUUAGGAAUGGAGGUGACUGAUUUCGUUUUAUCCCAGAAUAUUAUUUCGUCAAAAACUGUUGAUUUAAUCAGAAAAUCAUUAAUUCAGGCGGUCGAAUUGUUCUAACCGUCCAAUAAUUUUAGUUGUUUUUUAUAUUUUAAAAUUUUAAUUUUUUUAUCAAAAUAAGCUAUCUGUUCAGUUUAAAUAGUCAAACCAUUCGAUAUAUUCGAUUUUAAAAAACCUGAUUCACUCUCUCUCUCUCUCAAACUCUCUCUAUAUAUCAAAUAAAUAACCAUACACGCGAAGUGAGAGAUUGAGUGGUUGUGGGGCAGAUGUGGGGCCGGCGUUAUUAUUGGUUACACACAGUUGGAAAGAUGUGCUUAUGAAAUAAUAUUGCCUCUAUGUUGAUGCUUUAAAACACUUUUGACAAUUAGCAACAUAAAAUAUUUUAUAGACAAAUCUAGUCAGGUAUCAUUUAAAAAUUAAAACAAUAUACAAAAGUGUCCUCCCUUGAGAGGCUCUAUUUGGUCUGUAGAGAAAUAGAAAGUUGAGGAAAGUUCUAAGGAAUAAAUAAAAACCCUUUCAAAAAAUCACGAUUUCCUCCUGCAGUUGGUCAAAUGG